AUGAGGGAUGAUGCUCUCCCCUCCCCUGACCCCGAGCCAGCCCCACCAAGCCUGGAUGAUGUGAUUGAUGCAGUGAAGGCAGCAUUUGAGCAGGCAGUACAGAUCUCGACAACCGGCAAAGUACGCGAGGCCUUGGAGCAGGUCGAAGGUGAACUCUCACCACCGAAGACUCCAGAAGAGCAGUCUCCAGUGGUAGAGACCACAGUUGAUUAUAUAACAGAAGUAGCAGCUAAAGAGGAGGCAUUGGGCUUACUGCAGGAGAGACUUGAUGCUCAUUUGUUAGAAUCAAGUGAACAGACAUUUGAGGAACCAGCUCAAGAAGGUUUGACAAAAGAUAUUGAGCCUGCAGAGGAGAUUCAAGGACUGAAACCUCAGGACGAAUCAUCAAUUUCAGAGCCAGAUGAGAAAUCAGUUAUAAAACCAGGAGAGUUGGUCCUUGAGGCAGUAGAUUCAGUUCAGGAACCAGUUUUGCAAGACCCUGAGAUUGCUGAAGUGGGUGAAGCAAUGACUGAGGAAAGCCAUGCAGAUAAAUCACCUGUCCAGAUGUAUCCUGAUACACAAAAAGAAAAACAAUCAGAAAGAGUAGCUGCAGAAAUGCAAGUGGUUGACGAUGCAGAAGAGCCAGAACAGGGAUUAAUUGAGAAGGAGGCUCAGUUGUCUGAGAUGGAAGAGAAAACUGCAAAGGGGGAAAUAGAGAAAGUAGAGGUGACGAUAAGUAGGGGAAAAGUUAAACUAGAAGGACAACAAGAAGAAGAAUCUGUGGAAAGGCAAGAUACAGAAUGGGAUAAAGAAUCAGAGCAUAGUCAAGAGGAAUGGCAGGCAGUAACAGCACAGAUGGGUCCAGAUGGUGGUGUAUUUGAUAUGGAUGAAGUAGAACAGGAAGAGGAAGAACAGGAAGUAGUGAAGACUGAAGAAGGUGUGAUUGAAGUUGAAGCAAGGAGAGAGGAGGUAGAGGCUGUAUCUGAGGCACAGUUCCAGAAGGUUUCAAGAGAGAAGGAGGUUCAUCCAACUGACAAAACAGUACUGGAGAAAACUCAACAGGAACCAGAGGUCACCGUGGAUACUCAGGGACCAAUUAAGCUGCAGGAGCCUGUUAUUACGAAGUCAAAAGCAACAGGCGAUUUUACAGGUAAAACACAUGAGGCCAGUGAUGUAAAUGAGAUUAUCACCUCCAGAGACCCGAACAAGAACAAUCAGGGUGUACCAGUGUUGAUGAACACUGUUGAGGAGCUCCAACCAACACCAGUUCUCAAACUGAGGCUUGGAGAUACUGAUGCACCAGUGGAGGAACAUGUUGACUCUACACAGACCAAAGCCAUAGGGCAGGAAACAUGGAAGAUAGGAGCCAUAGCAGCAGCUUUCUUUCUCAUUCUGCAAACUGCUGUCACCAUUGUCUACAUUCUGAAGUGCAGGCGAAAGGCAAAUAGCAGUGUGGCCUCAAAGAACCUGUGUUGCGCGCGGAAAACGGAGGCAUAG